AUGCCUGACGUGUUAACGGUGUCUAUCUUCGACUGGAUGUGCGUAUGCGAUGCUGUUUCCCCACCAAUCCGAAGUUCUGACCCAUUGAUAGCUCGUCCAGCUACGUACGGUAAACAAACGGUUCACCGACCGAUUAGAGUCAUUGGCGGUGUACCGAAUGCUCGAACGUGUCUACUGCACCAGAAGUUACAGUUAUUAAAUUGUUGCAUCAAACGAGCGCUUGAAAGUUCUAAUACUCUGUCAGAGAACUCAUCCGAAGAAGAAUUUUUUGACUGUUUGGAUGAUGAAGAUGCUGACGACACUGCUUGGAAUCGCCCGACUGGAAGACUUAGCCGGCUGGAGAACGCAACAUUAAAAAACGGGGCACCGCUUUACAUUCCUAAAACGCAGGACCCCGCGCCUAAAACAGAAGAUCAGUUAGAAGAAGACGCCGAACUUAUGGUGCGACUAGGAGAUGAUGCUAAAGCUUCUGAGUUAAGAGCGAGAAUGAUGAGCGCAUCCCUAUUAUCCGACAUGGAAGCGUUUAAAGCUGCCAACCCAGGAGCUGAAUUAUGUGAUUUUGUUCGUUGGUAUUCGCCGAGGGAUUGGAAACCUGAUGAUGGUGGCAGUUUAGGAGAUCGUAUGUUGCUGCCUGGAAACCCUUGGAUUGAAACUUGGGACGUCGCAAGGCCGGUUUCAGCUGCAAGACAAAGAAGACUUUUUGAUGAAACUCGAGAAGCGGAGCAAGUUAUACAUUUUCUUCGAUCGCGAUCGGUCUCCGCAGUAGUAGAACUACUACUACCAGCAAUACUUAAAGCCGGUGCAAUUAAGGCUAUAACCGAAGGUGCUGUGGGAACCAACUCAUCCAUCGGUAGUCUCGAUAAAAGAAGAACGUAUGAAAUUGCAGCAAGAGAACUUUUCGAUGCUGAACUGGAAGUGUGUAAAUCAAAGUGUGUUCGUAAAGUUCUAGGAAACAGCGUCGAAGGACAGCCUUUGGACGUAUCGGGUAGAACUAGAAUUUUAAACGCUAUGGGGGGAAAUUUACCGGCACCCUCUAAAAGAGAAUUCAUUUUGCGUGUCAAAGAUUCGGUGGGCCCUCAGAUCAUGCGCGCUGCUCUGUCACACGAAAUGACUAUUGUGGGUGCUUUUACCGAGCGUAUUGUUUGUUUGUAA